GUGAUCGAUGUCAAUGUGACUGGCUUCAUGUUUGCGCUGUAGCUUACGCAGCUACCGCAUGUUUGCGUAACUUAACGGCCUCCGCCGGCUGACAUCCACCUCCUCCAGGCUGAUGUUUUAUGUCAAAGCCGUGCCAGCCCUGACACGGGCAUGGGCGGACAUUCCCCUUAAACGAUUACUGUCCAGCCGAAAACUACGGUCCACCGUCACCUCCACCUCGGCGACCCGGACGGAGCAGCAGGACGAUGUCAGCAGCCGCGGCGGCGCUCAACGUGAGUCAGCACGGUCGGGGUGUCUCGGACAGCCGCGGAGAGGAGGGAGAGACUGCACCACCGCCGUUGCUAAUGAGUUCUCCGUGGACUUUGACCAGACCCGUGAGGCGUACAAGAGCAAAGACUCAUUAGAGCUGCUCAGAAGUUUGGUGGUUUUCAAACUCUGCACCUAUGACUUCCUGGUUGAUAAGAAUAAAGAGAUAAUGGAUUUCGGUAAGAAGAUCCUCGGCCAGAGAGCAUUUGACCAGUUCAUGAAAAUGACAUUUUAUGGUCAGUUUGUAGCUGGUGAGGACCAUGUUGCCAUCAGGCCGCUGAUCCAGAAGAAUCAGGCCUUUGGCGUCGGCUCUGUCCUGGACUACAGUGUGGAAGAAGACAUCAGCCCGAAUGAGGCCGAGCAGAAAGAGAUGGACUCAUGUGCAUCUGCUGCAGAGAUAGAGAGCAUAGGCGAGGACCACAGAGACAAAAAACAUAAAGGAAAAAAACAAUUCGGGGACAGUCGCAGGGGAGUGACUGGAGCCCACACGUAUUUCUAUACAGAUGAGGCCAAAUGUGAUCAGCACAUGGAGACCUUCAUCAAAUGCAUCAAAGCAUCUGGUGGGAGUUCAACGGGAGGUUUUUCUGCCAUCAAAAUGACUGCUCUAGGACGACCUCAGUUUCUGCUCCAGUUCUCAGAGGUCCUGGUGAAAUGGCGUCGAUUUUUUACUUUCCUGGCAUCGCAGCAGGGGAAAGAUGGCAUGGAGGCCUUAGAGCAGAAGUUGGAGCUGAAACAACUGCAGGAAUUCCUGACCAAACUGGGUGCAAAAGGUGACUUCUAUGGCUGGUUGACUAGAAGGAAAGAGGAAUCUUCAGGAACCGUUGACAUGCUGGACUGGAACAGCCUGAUAGAUGACAGAACAAAGAUAUCUGACCUGCUGGUCGUCCCAAAUGUAGAGCUAGGUCAGCUGGUGCCUCUGCUGGAGACGUUCACUGUAGAGGAAGAGAAGCAAAUGGAGAGGAUGUUACAGCGCUUGGACGUCUUAGUUAAGCAUGCCAUUGAGAAUGGUGUUCGCCUGAUGGUGGAUGCAGAGCAAACCUACUUGCAGCCAGCUAUCAGCAGACUGACAUUAGAGAUGCAGAGGAUCUACAACAGAGAAAAGCCUGCCAUCUUCAACACCUACCAAUGCUACCUCAAGGAGGCCUAUGACAAUGUCACUGUUGACAUAGAAUUGUCUCGACGUGAGGGUUGGUAUUUUGCUGCCAAGCUGGUGCGUGGGGCCUACAUGUAUCAGGAGCGAGAGAGGGCUAAAGAGAUUGGUUAUGAGGACCCUAUUAACCCUAAUUAUGAGUCUACCAAUAGAAUGUACCACAGGUGUCUGGACUAUGUGCUGGAUGAGAUUGCACUCAACAGAAAUGCCAACGUAAUGGUGGCUUCCCAUAACGAGGACACAGUGAAACACACCUUGAGGAGAAUGAAUGAGCUGGAUCUCUUACCCACAGAGGACAAGGUGUACUUCGGUCAACUAUUAGGCAUGUGUGAUCAGAUCAGCUUCCCAUUAGGCCAGGCAGGCUUCCCUGUCUAUAAGUACGUACCCUAUGGGCCUGUGAAUGAGGUGAUGCCCUACCUGUCUCGGAGAGCCCAGGAGAACCGAGGCUUCAUGAAGGGUGCCCAAAAGGAGAGGGAGCUGCUGUGGCAGGAGCUGAAACGCAGACUUGCCUCUGGGGAGCUUCUCUACAGGCCGGCAUACUGAAAAAGAAGAGACAAAAAGUAGAGUGUGUCAACGUGUUGAGUUUUUUUCAUCUUCCCUGGUUGACAGUUGCUGCUGUGGCUGUCUGUUAUGUCUCUCCCUCUGUACAGCUCUCCCUUGAUGUACAUCUCCUGUUCUACCCUGUCCUGCAUUUUUCUUGCUGAUGAACUGUUUCGGCAUGUCACUCUCCUUUUCUGUGUUCCCACUGUUGUUAUUCUCUAUUCUAUUCCUCACUGACGUUACCCACCUUCGCCCCCAUCCGUUCUUCUGUGUACUGCCCAUGUUCUUUCGUUCCUUUUUCCUUAUCCGCCUCUGCAUCCAUAAGCGUCCCUCAUUUUGUCUCCACAUUGUCUACAGAGCUCUGGUAUCCAUCAAGUGAGCGUCUUUACUGCUCCAAAAGGACUCCCUAAAAUGUCAACGAGACCGGGGCGGGCGUCUCGUUUUAUCUCCCUAUUUAUCUUGGAGCGGGACAACAAUAAUAAAAAUAACAGGCUUGAUUUAAAUGGUAGUAAAGGAAAAAUCAAUAUUCCCUCCUAUAUUGUGUUUUUAUUUAUUUUUUUUGCUCUUAGACAGCCACAUAGUCCCCUGAGGAGGUUUCCCUGUACUGUAUAUUUGUGUGCUGUGUUUGAGGCUGUAUUGCUGGGUUGAAAAUGAUGCCUGUUUAUGAACCAAUGAGAAAGUAUAAACGGUUUCUCACUGCACAUCCCUCUUCUUCCAAGAGCUUUUGUUUUUGUAUUUACUGGAAGAAGCUAUAUUCUUGGUCACUGAGGUGUUCCUAGAGAACAUGCAGCACUCAGUAUUCAGUGAGUGAAUCUCCUUUUAAUACAGAUGCCUGCAAGUCGUGGAAGUUGUUUCUUUUUCAUGACACAAGAUAAUAUGCAAGGGAAUAAUAAGUUAGAGGGUUGCCUUGUGCUCUUAUUUUGAUGGAUUAACACGGUGCAGUUUCUAUCUAUGACAAUGUAAAUAUGUUUGAAACAGUUAAUUCCAUUUGUUGUUUCUUUUGUGUCUCACUUUAUGGACCUGGGAAAUUGCUCAAUGAAUAAAUAUGUAUGUAGGUAUGUGUAGCAAAAGUCUACUUCAAAAUGUUAUUAAAAGGAGUUUAUUGAAUGCAA